AACGAGGACGCAAAUGACGUAUGCGGAAGUAACUCGUUUUCUGUCAGCGUAGAGAGGAAGACCUUUAAAAACAAAUGAAAAUUUGUUUUUGUUUUGUUUUAAAAAUAUUAUUCCUUAAACAAAGAAAAUGCCGUUUCCUUUUUAGAAACUUUAAGACUUUUAUGAGUUGCGCUUUGUUGAAUGCAGUCUUUUUGUAGCUAGCUCUCUACCGUCUUCAGGAUGGAGAUAUCAUCUGAUGUGGCUGUAGUUGAGAACAUUGGGAAAUUGCCAUCCGAAGUGUUUGAAGAAACAUGUCAUGAGAUUCUGCUUCAUCUUGAAGGAAAGCGCAGUGCAGUAGAUUUGGUUGAAAACUACCAGAAAUUUCAAAGAGCUGGUAUAAACCUUGACUGGAAAGCUGUUCAGGAUAUUAUUAGACUGUUGUCAUUUAAUUUUAGAUCAGCUGCGAAGACUAACCUCACUGCUGAUGGUCUGGUCACUAAAUUAGGAGAGUGUACUUCUAAAUGGUCCAAAUCAUCUUUACAAGUCAUGCACCAGCUGUGGACUGAACAUGGCUCUCUUGUAAAAGCACACCAGGAGGUUCAGGCUGUGGCCAGCAUUGGACAGCUGGUAGAUAUCCAGUGGAAGCUGGGGAUAGCUGUGAGCUCGGACACAUGUCGCUCGUUCAACUCCCCAUACAUCUCCGUCCUGAUGAAAAUUGCAGACACAUCUGGAGAGAUUUCCUACAAGUCCUUUGAAAUGACAGUUCUUCAGUUCCAGAACUUCUACAGACAGUUCAAAGAAAUUGCUUCUGUUUUGGAAACUGUGUAAGAGUUCAGCUCUAAAUGUUCACCAUUCCUAUUCCGGUCUGUAGCCUUUCAGUAUUUACUGACUGUUUACAUUUCAACUCUUUUGGUAUGUAUGCUUGCUGUUCGACUAACCCAUAGUGGGAUACUUAACUAUGCUGUAUUUGCUCUGACAUUUAUUUCAUUUUGAAUGUGCUUUCCAAAAUAAUUUGUUAUAACCACUGAAUAAAGUUUGAAUAAAGAUCUUUGCUUGCA